CAGCCCGGCUGCUGCGUCAAGGGAGUUUGGGAACGCCAGCUCCAGACUGUGAGGACUUCUGAACACUCCUGGUUUGCAGUCCAGAGCAAACGCCGAAAAAAAAAAAAGCCUGAGAAUGAACGGCCAAUCCUCACCUGUCUUCGAAGAGAAGAAACCUUCCCUUCCCGUAGCCGGGAGCUCCAUCUCGGCCACCAAGGAUUCCCCGACGCUCCCGGAGUCCUCAUCCACGGACAUGGGCUUCUACAGCGGCCAGAGCGCGCUCCACGGCUCGCAGGAUUUCUACCAGGCGCAGCAGCCGUACUCGGCUCAACACAUGAACCCGUACGCGUACCACCACUAUAACUUGAACGGGAUGGGUCCAGGCGGUGCCUACCCUGUUGGCAAGGCAGAGUACCCGUACCCCCAUGCGGCGUACAGGGAGCACGGCGCGUUCAGCCGGGAGGUCCAGCCAACGCUGCAGGACGGUGUGAAAGAGGAGCCAGACGUGGAGGUUCGGAUGGUCAACGGGAAGCCGAAGAAGAUGCGCAAGCCUCGGACCAUCUACUCCAGCUACCAGCUGGCAGUCCUGCAGAGGAGGUUCCAGUCGGCGCAGUACUUGGCCCUGCCGGAGCGGGCCGAGCUGGCCGCACAGCUGGGCCUCACGCAGACACAGGUCAAAAUUUGGUUCCAGAACCGUCGCUCCAAGUUUAAGAAGCUCUACAAGAACGGAGAGUUUCCGCUCGGGGAUAUUCCUCUUGAACACAGUCCAGACGCCAGCGAUUCCAUGGCCUGCAACUCUCCUCCAUCCCCAGCUGUGUGGGAAAACAACAGCGGCAACGGUAACAACAACGGCAACAGCAACAACAACAGCAGCAGCAGCAGCAACACAAACGGCAGCAGCAGCAUCAAGAGUAAUGCAAUGAUGGAUCCUACCAGCAGGGGGCAGGGCCCCUACCAGCCUCCAGUUGAUUCCUCGCCCGCCUGCAUGGCAGAUUACACACACCAGAACUGGUACCAGCAGCAGGGGGCACAUUUAGGCCUGCCGCAGCCGGGCCCGGCGCACCACACACCCUCCACAGCGCCGUCAGGCACACAGAGCAUGGGAGCCGUCUACUGAAACACCCGGGGCUACACCACCGGGGGCAUGCCUUUGGAUGAGCCGAAGCGCUGUCGUGACGAGAAACACCUGACAGUGAUCAUCGUGACUGUAAAACCUGACACACGUGUUGUCAAACAGGCUUUUCUACAGCAAAUGUGGCCUCACUCACCCUGUUUUCUUCAGCUCUGAAGCUUAUGAACGAUAACGCAGAGGUUAUAAUGGAGAUUAGGGGGAUUGCUGAGGGUUUUUUCGGUGCUGAGACUGAUACUGACAUUCGUCUUUGAAAUCACUGAUAAUGGAUAAUAUUUUGUAUAUUUAAUAUUUGAAAUCUGACCAUAUUUAUACCAAAAAACCUUCUCCUGGAAAAGGCAUCUGACACAGCAUUGAAUACUACUGAAAUCCCUCCAGGCUUUGCAGCGAAUGAAAGCACACCACACCAGCAUGAGGGACUAGAAGACAGAACAGGACUGUGAGACGUAGCUGUGGUGAUGAAGGUGAACAACACUGAAAGGCUGAUAACCUUUUAAAAUAAAGCAUCGAUAUCAACCCAACACAGGAGGCAAACAGUGGAGAGACCCUGAAAUAAUCCCUGAGAGGGACAAACUGAAACUGAAUCAGUCAUUUUCCAGCAGGAUUAUUUUGUGACGUCAUCAUCAUGGAUUCAGUGGAUGAUUUUCUUCUCUAGCUCCAGCGCAGUUUACCUGCUAUUCACAAAUUGUGUCCAAACAAUGUUUUCAUCCAUACGAUUUUUGUCCUUUGGGUUUUAUUUCCUAUAAAACACACCUGGAGCAGAUUAAAGUAGAACAGCAUGUGAACUGUAGCUGGUUUGCAGGUGAAAAGGUCAAACUUGUGCUCUUGGCGCAGAGGUAAGGCUGGGGUUAAAGAUGUACACAACAGUGGGCGAGAGCGUCGUUGUAUGAAGCCUUUAGCGCUCCAGAGGGAGCUGUGUGAAGUCUGAUGAAAUGCCUCCUGUGAUGUCACUUGAGGCUAACAGAUCCAGGCUAGAUUAGACGCUACAAGCAAAACAAGCCUGUAUCUCUGAGCAAACUGUCUGCAUUGUGGGUAAUGUAGGCGCCACAUAAGAAAGAACAAUGCGUGGAAUAAAAAAGGUGAUAUCUCUGGCUCUGCUGCAUCGGUUUUGAUCCCUUAUGUAAAACUGUCAAUCUUGAGUUUUUCAGCGUUUCCAGGCUGCGAUGCUAAAUCGAUGCUAUUUGAAGUCCAGAGUAUUCACACUGUUGCAAAAACGACACCGCCUUUUCUACAAAAACUGGAUCCCAGGACGCGUCACUGAAAACUGGCGUGCAGUUGAAGGCUUGUGCGUUGUUUGUCAGCGUUGCUAUGACAGCGUGUCAAAAUAUCAUCAUAAAGUUGGCAUCCACAGCAGUUUGGCUGAGCUAGUUUUGACAUGGAGGACAGCGACUGACAGAAAGCAAAAGGGCCAGCUUGUUGGUUUAUCUGCAGAUGAGACCGACGGUAGCCACGUGUUAAACCAGAGAGGCACAGAUGCAAAAUGCGACGUGCAGUAAAUGUUAUCCUGACGCUCACAUCCGCAAAUAUUAUGUCAAACACCGUCAGGUACCAGCAGCAGUUCAGAAUUGUGGUGUAAAAGUACUGCGGCGACUUGUACUACUUUACUGUACUUUUACUGCACUCCAGUUAUCUGACAGCUUUAGCUACAGAUUAAGAUCUUUACAUAGAAAACAUAUGAAGAGCUUAUUAAAUAUGAUGCUCUGUUAGAAAAUAAACUACUCACUACCACAGUACAUACAAGUACAGUGGAAAUGAUUAGUCGAUUAAUCAAUCAGUCAGCUGACAGAAAAUUAAUUGAACUAUUUUGGUAAUAGAUGAAGGUGUUUUUCAUAGAAAAACAUUUUGGGGUUCCAGCUUCACAAAUAUAAUUUUUUCUGCAUUGUCCAUUUAAUUAUUGGAAGAAUUUCAUUUAUUUUGUAAUAAUUUUGAGGUUUGUACUGGUGGUCGGACAAGACGAGCACCGUGACGCUUUGAGCUCUGGGUGACUGUGGCGGCGUCCUACACAAACCAGUUCAAAAUGAGCUCUUCUUCAACCAAAUACAACAGUAACAUCCUGCUUUUUAAUGAUGAGUCAUAAGGAACAACAUUAUAACAUAUAACUGUGUAACAGUCACAGGGGACGUUUUGCUACAUUGAUUGAUUUUACUUGUAAUACUUAAAGUACUUAAAGUACAUCCUGAUUUUACUUACAUACUCUCACUAACAUGACAUUUUCGAUGCAGGACUUUCACUGGUAGCAGAGUAUUUUUGCAGUGUUGUAUUAGCACUAAGGAUCUGAAUACGUGCUCGCCACUCACUAAUUUAUGUUUGAUGGAUUUUUUUGUACUUUUAAAGGGCUCCUGUAGAACUUUCAAAAAGUUGCGGGGCAAAUUUAUGAAAAGAAAGGGCAAAAUCACAACAGCGGGGGCCCAGAUAUCCUGACUUUUAGGCCCUUGUAUUAGUCAAGCUCAUCGUGCAAUAGACCUGCUGGCCCACCGUGGCAGUGUUAUGUUUUGUGUCACCUAGCCGUGAAAACAAUGUUCUCCAUUUGCAGUCAAGUUAGCACUGAUAAAUAUGCAACAUCUGGUUACUCAUCGAAAUGAAGUUUGCUGAGUAACAUUUCACUUCUCUACCCUGACCUCCACCCUUAGCAGGACCUUGUCGCUCUUCAUGCUACAUUCGUCCUUUACUCCCGUCAUUAUCGCCCCCUGCUGGUACUGCACCUUCACACGCGUGUGUACUUUUCACGCCUAGGCAAAAUGUGACCCUGACCCGCUCUCCUCUCGUGGAUUGGCGGGUCUACUACGCUUUGGCAUGAGACUGAGCUGCAACCCCAUCAUGCAUUGGUGUCUUUCAUCAGUCUCUCCUUGCUUGAUAAAUGCCCACUUCUUUCAAAAACUCCAUGUUGACUUAUUAACGCAUUCUUUCUUUGAGAAAUUUGAAACCUCCAACCCUAGACCAGGAUGAUGACAUCACUAUGACAUUAUCAGGGUGGUUUUAUCAGACUUGACAAAGCUCCCCCAGAGCCAGAGAAGACAUUAUACCACUGUUUUCACAGGCUGAGUAGAACUCUUCAUGACGACUAAAUUGAUGCCUAGGGGUAAAAUUGAUGGAGGGGCUCUUUGAUUUCUGCUCAGACACACCACAAAGCCCUGACCUCUUAAAAAAACUAGAGCAAGAGCAAAAGUGACAGCGAGUUGGUGCUAAAGCAUUUGAAAAGAAGUUGUAUAUAUUCUAUUACUGCGUGCUGUACUCAGGUCUUUUAUUUAUAGUGUCAGUUGUAGAUCAAAAGUGGCACAACAGCUUGUGCCUUAGGAGCAUUUUAUUGUCAGAACAUAAGUGAA